UUAAAUGUUCUAACAUACCAUACAAAUAUCAAAAACUCACAUAAACCUUGUUAAUCAUCUUUCAAAUUUUUAUUUUUCUGAUCACAUUCAUUCAUUCAUUAAUUUAUAUCAUCAUCAUAUCAUAUAUAAUUAAUAUAAUGUUACGGCGUGACGAGGAUCCAUUAAAGUGGGAAGAGGCGGCGGAGUCAUUGAAGGGGAGCCAUUUUGAGGAAGUGAAGAGGAUGGUGGAGGAUUAUAGGAAGGAGGUGGUGAGGAUGGGAGGGGAGAAAUUGAGGGUGGGGGAGGUGGCUGCGGUGGCCGGGAGGAUGGCCGCGGUGGAGCUGAAUGAGGGUGCAAGGGUUAGAGUCAAGGAGAGUAGUGAAUGGGUGAUGGAGAGUGUUCAUAAGGGUACUGAUUGUUAUGGUGUCACUACUGGCUUUGGUUCAACCUCUCAUAGAAGAACUACUCAAGGUCAUGCCCUUCAAACUGAGCUUAUUAGGUUUCUGAAUGCUGGAAUAUUUGGAAAUGGAACAGAACCAUGUCAUACAUUACCACACAAUGCAACAAGAGCUACAAUUCUAGUAAGAAUCAACACACUUCUUCAAGGCUACUCAGGAAUCAGAUAUGAAAUACUAGAAGCCAUUGCAAAACUUGUCAACCACAACAUUACACCAUGUUUACCGUUGCGUGGAUCAAUUUCCGCCUCAGUUUUGACAGAUAGAGGCUGAGACUUUAACAUAUUGAAGGCAAACAGAGGAGACUAAUGAGUUGAGAAGGUAAAAUUGCAAACAGUAAAUAUUGUUUGUGAGAAGUGAGAAUUCUAGGUCAUGUGAAACAUACCUUCAUUUUGUUUAGAUUGAAUUGAAAUUGUACUGAUCUCUUGGCCAAAAAGGUCGGCUCUGAACACUUCAAUCAAUUACCAUUUAGAACAGCAACAUUGUGAUAAUUCAGUUUGGAUUUUCAUAUACAAAACAUCAUAACGCGCAAGAACCUUCCUUGCAUGUGGAUGGGUGCUUACUAAAUGAAGAGCUGGUGGAAUUCAUGACUAAAAGUAGUUACAUUUCGUGGGAUUGGCUAAUAAACACAUUAAAGGGUCAUAAAAACCCACCAAGUACAAGAAAGAGAAAAGAAAAAUAAAAAACCACGAAAACUGAAGGUUGUCACGACCAGUGCAUGCUAUGUUACGGCCAUGACAGUGUCAGACAGUGCCAAAUGCUAAAAGCUUUUCACAAAUCAGUCUUAUAUCUUUAUUUCCUUCUUUAUGGCCAUUAAACAUUGUGUAACUCCUAUUCUAUUGUAAAGCCACGAAAAUCACAAGUCUUGUGGCUAUAUAUAGGACUUUCUCUCAUGUAAAACACA